AUGAAUAAAAUGGACGACAAGCAUCGGCAUCAUCCGUAUUAUAGAACAGAACAUUCUACUGAUAGACGAUAUGAUGAUAGUGAUAAUAGACAAAGAUAUAGACAUCGCCAUGAACAUGCAUCAUCUUCUCGCAAUGAACGAUUUCAUAAUAAAAAUCAAAUCAAUUAUUCAAAUCAACAAAAAUCAAAUACCAAAUCAUAUUCAUAUUGUCCUUCAUCAUUGCCUGUACCAUUGAUGGCUAGUAAAGCAGUUAAUUCAUCUACAUUUACAUGUACAUCAGUAACUGCUAUACCUCAAGAGCGUGAAUCAUGGAUACGUUCGGUAAAAAAGACAAAAAUAAAUGAAAGUAAUGAACAAAAAACACAAUAUCUAGAAACAAUGCUUCGUAUGCCACAGCAACAAAAAUCUUCCAUAAAUUCAUCCACAUUUGAUAGAAUGCGUUUUGCGAAUGAAGAAAGGCCAACGUCAACGUUUUCAACAGAGCAUGCUGAUAAUAUUCAUGAAAAUUCAUUUCAUUUUGUUUCCAAUGCUAAUAGUUACGGCGAUAUAAAUACAAUAGAAAGAAUUUUAUUUGAUCAAUCUCUGCAAACAAUAAAUGGUCAAUGUUUGAAUCCGCAAUUAUUACCAACAUCACCACCAUCCAUCGUUGAUGGUGAACCCGUAUUACAAAAAAAUUUCGAAAGUCUACCUUAUUCAGGUUUUCUUAUUGAUAAUUGUGAUGAAGUAGAAGAUUUAUGUCCACUUUCUUCUCUACCUCGCAUUCCAUUUUCACUAUCUCCAACGACUGAAAAUGUAUCACAGCAAAAUCAAAACGAUCUUAACGAGCAACGUGCUAUACUAGUCCAUGAACUCAAUGCAGCCGAUGCGGAACAAAAGGAAAUAGCAAGACGUCAAAAACGUAUGCAAAGAAAAAUUCAGAAGAAGAAAAACCAAGAGAAGAUUGAAAAUGAAGUCAAACAACUUGCUGAAUCUGAACCUACAUCAACCGUCAAUACUAAAGAUCAUCAAGAAUCUGCAUCUGAUUGGAUUGUUGAAUAUGAUACGACAGAAACUAAUUCAAUAUCACAAUUAACUAAUAUGAUAAGAAGAGCGUCAGCAACCAUGACCAGUGCAGAUACGAUUGCUCAAGUUAAUGCAAUUUUGAAAAAGAUAAAAAAACAACAGACAGAAUUAAGCAAAUUAAGACAAUUUGUGAUAUCAAUAUUAGAUGAAGAACAAAAACGAAAUUCAACGAAUACGACACGAAACAAUUCAGAUAUUAAUCAAGAUAGAUUUCUGGCAUUUCUAAAUCAACCAACUAUUUCUGGCUGUUGGUUAUGUGCAGGAAAAAACUAUACUGAAACGGCUACACAAUGCAAUGGCAUUGAUCAAUAG